AUGGCUGGAUCGUGGCAGCAGCUCAGCUCCCUGCGGCUGGGUCGAGCCCUGGCUCUCCUCCACUUCAUCUGUCUUCUCUACCCACCCUCAGGUGCUCUUCUUUGGGAUACCAAAGCCAGCCCGCCCCCUUUGGAGCGGUUUGAGGUGGUGAAGGGGAAUUUCUCUCGGACUUUUCUCCGCGUUGGUUACCAUAAGAUUGCAGAGAUUCCUGCAGGAGCAUGCAACAUCAGCAUACAGGAGACCAUAAAGAGCCGAAAUUACCUGGCUCUGCAGACCCAGAGUGGCGUCUCCAUCAUCAAUGGCAAUUGGGUGAUUGACAGGCCUGGGAUCUUCACUGCUGUGGGAACACAGUUCACAUACCGACGACCCAAUGAAAUUCGCUCUCGUAUUGGAGAGUCCAUCACUGCACCCGGGCCACUGACUGGCGACCUGCAUGUUUAUUUGAUCUACCAGCAACCAUCUCCCAGUGUAUCCUAUGAGUACAGCUUACCUUUACAAAACCCCACUUCAGAGCCUGAUCCACCUUCUGAUAUUCUGCCUCUGGUUGAGACGGGAGGCACGUCCAGCCCAGGUGAGGAGGUGCAGCAAGCUGAUGUCACCAACAAUCACAUCGUCAAAGAGAAACCCCACCCCGACCAGCUUCCCCUUGACCCCAAUGUGACCUCUGACCGCUUGCCUACCUACACUUGGAUGAAGAUUGGGCAUACAGAGUGCAGCACCACUUGUGGCACUGGCAGGCGUCAGGUGCUCUGGGAGUGUGUUGAGAAGGAUUCCCAGACAGCUGUUACUGCUGACCUUUGUGACCCUGCCCUUGAACCAGCAAACCAGGAGGAAGACUGCAACACCCAGUCCUGCCCUGCAUACUGGGAUGUGGGGGAGUGGUCAGAGUGCAGCAGGAGGUGUGGACCCGGCAUUCAGCACCGCCAGGUCAUCUGCCGCCAGGUCACUCACAUCCAUGCCAACAAGACUGAGACCUCGGUUACAGUGGCAAAAGAGCUGUGUGGGUCGUUUGAGAGACCAGUGACCAAGUCUACCUGUCAGCUGAAAAUUUGCAGCCAGUGGGAGAUACGAUCUGAGUGGAGCCCGUGUUCAGUACCAUGUGGGGUGGGCCAACGCAGCAGGGAGGUGGUGUGUGUCAGCAACCAGGGUGAGGUGGAGCCGGACGAAGAGUGUAACAUGAACCUAAAGCCAGACACACUACAGAACUGUGACAUGGGAGCCUGUGCACGCAGCUGGUUCACCUCUCUCUGGAGCCAACGGUGCUCUGCAGAAUGUGGUCUUGGCAAUAGAACCCGGACGGCAGUAUGUCUGAUAGAUCACGUGACUGAUCUUCCAUUGGACAGCUGCGAAGGGGAGCGCCCACAAGAAGUGACAUCAUGUGACUCAGGCCCAUGUCAAAACCGCCUGGAAUGGUACACUGGACCUUGGGGUCAGUGUUCAGCAGAGUGCGGGAAUGGCACUCAGACUCGGAGCGUGGCUUGUAUUCUCAACAAUAAUGGUCACAUGGAGGUUGUGGACCUGUUAAAAUGUUCCAGUCUACCUCAGCCAAUCACAGCUAAGCCCUGCAGGUUGAAGCCGUGUGGUGUCCAGUGGUAUGUUACAGAGUGGAGUACAUGUUCACGCUCCUGCAAUGGUGGCUACCGUGUGCGUGAGGUGCACUGUCUUGCUGACAACAUUUCCCCAAGUGACCACUGUGACCCCAGUCUGACCCCAGAGAAUCGAGAAGAAUGCAACACACAACCUUGUGUAGCUGAGAUAAAUCCAUUAUGCAGCGACCAGUAUCAUAACUGUAUGGUGGUGGUUCAAGCCCGACUCUGCGUUUACCCGUACUACAGAAGUGUCUGCUGUGUCUCUUGCUCACAUGCCCAGAAAACAUACCCCAGCUCAUUUCAGAAGAACCACAUCCGCAGGUGA